AUGCAGCCCAUAGGCCAAGCUCUUGCCCAACUUGUCGGCCUCUGGGUUCUCGUCGGUCGUGAUAAAAGUGAGGGCCUACAAGCCAUGCAGUGUGGCCUCGAUACGAAAUAUGAUAGGGAAUGUCGCCGUGCCGUGGACGGCAUUUGGCGCAUCGUGAUCGGCUCUGGCGCCGUCCCCGCCCUCUUAGCCAUCAUCUUUCGGUUCUUUUUAUUCGACUGUGGAUUAUACAGUCUCGAGGUCAGAAACAAGCCCGGUAUUGCCUUGAGAAACACGCAGAGAGUAUACGGCGCUCCUGCUGGCGCGACAGCCGGCUACCCCAUGACCCCUCAAGAUGGGAUGCAACCGACCAACUCACAACAGCCUAUGCCCAUCCAAUUUUCCAAGCAGGAUCUUUACAAGUACUUCAUCGAAGACGGGAAUUGGUACUAUCUAUUAGGCACCGCUGCAACAUGGUUUUUCCUUGAUGCGAAGCAGUACUUGUUGACUGUAUCCAUCGCCUCAAUCGCCGGCAGCGCCUGUUUCGUCGUCGCUGCCAACAGGAUCCCAAGAAGACUGUGGCUCACAGUUUCAUUUUUCGUUCUUGCUAUACUAUUCGUCAUCACGGGCUGUGUAUACUACGGCGUCAACAGAACCCCGGGGGCCCCGGCGACAGUCGUGUUUGUGGCACUAUGCCACUUCAUGUUCAACUUUGGGGCAAACACCUUGACUUUCAUCAUCCCAGCCGAGAUUUUCCCAACCUGCUACCGCUGCACCUGCCACGGCAUCUCCGCCGCCGCCGGCAAGCUGGGCAGCAUCGUGGCUCUCCUCGUCGUGUACGGCAUCAACUCGUCCUACACCGCCGUCAACCGGCAGGGGCUCAUCUUUUUGCUCUUUGGCUCCUUUGUCGCCGUCGGUGCCGUCUUCUCCUGGGCCUACCUGCCCGACUCGCAGCGGUGGGUCAUUGACGAGGACACCGGGCGGCGUGUGCUCGAGCAGAAGACGCUUGAGGAGCUGGGGGAGGGGCGCGAGAGGGCGAGGCAGCUGGGCGAGGUGAUUACCGUCAAGGAGAAGUGGCACGAUUUGAAGAGGAGGAGGGUGUCGCCGUCGCCUUCGCAGGCAACGAAUCCAUGA